UGCUCGACCUCUGUCGAAGAGCUGCGGAAAAUGGCCUUUUUCACUGCGUCUGCCUGAAGAGACCCUGGCCUGGGAUUGAAGACUGGGCGCAAUUUGUGUGCAGUAGACGGACUCCCGUACGAAGUGAUAUGAAUGCAGCGAAUCUCUUGUCUACCCAAGCGCGGCUCUACCAGGAAGAAAUACGGAGUAAUGAAACAAAACCGUUAUCGGACAGGUGUCUGAGGCAUUCCCCGGAUAUGGAAAGCCACCUGUUUCCCCUCCCCCAGAACACGAAGCGGUCGGGAUUGAAAUCGAGAACACAGCGUAGGUACUCCGUACUCUGUACUCUGUACCUUGACGAUCGAGAUCUCGAUCGACUCCGACACUCUUGGAAGCACUGCAUAUGCAACUACGCCACCGAGAAGACCCGUGCGACUAAUUGGAGAAUUAUAUCCGACGCACCUGAGGGAUCGUUGCAACAGUUUCACCUUGUUUCUGUGACGAGUCGACCUGCACUAUCAGCAAACAAACAAACCAGCGUUUCUAGCCAAUUCCCACGUAAAAAAACGGGAUGUUUUCUAGCUCGGGCAAGGCACAUGUGGGAUGAGUUCAACCCAUCAAUGACCACUAAUGCUUGUCUGGUCGCGACAGACCCCGCCACUGAGAGCGAGUGUCUGUGAAGCUGUUCCUAGACGUCGGCAAGAACCGGAAGGGGAACCUUUGCAAGCGCGUUCUUAAGUUCGACUAGAAGACGACUAGCAAAUCGCGAAGAUAUUCCAAAAGCGUCAGUUUUACAAAGUACUCCGUACACACCCCAGCUGAACUCACGUCCGGGAUAACUAAGUAAUUAUAGAGGCAACGCAAUCAAUCAAUCAUCU